UACUUUCGUUCACCAACUGAUCUAAAUAAAUCUGAUAGCCAAAUUCUGGGCAUAGGACGUAGACAGACCACGGUAGUUGUUAGUUUGUUUAGUUUGUUACUUGUUGUUACUUUCAUUAGUGCACAACGAAAACAACUGUAUUUUAAUAAUAAUAAUAUAAUUGUACAAUAUCGCGUUGGUUGCGUAGUACGUGUUUUUGUUUAGUUUUUUAUUGUGCGUGUCAAGAUACUUUUUUUCAAUAACGGCGAGUCGAUCGUCUAGAGAAAAUAAUUUGUUUGUUCAGAUGACUUGAAACGCUCAAACGGCGUUGACAAUGUUUAUGCUAAAAAUAAUCGUCAUCACGUCAGUGAUACUCGACAUUGGUUCAGCGGCAGUGCAGUGCGGCUCAGACCCUGUAUUUGAGUUUCAGUGUCUAACCCCUGAGUGUGACAGUGCACUGGUGAAUGAUAAAAUCUCUGUGGGCCGACGUCUUAUUAGUCCACGACAAAAUGUCACUAUUAUUGGUCAAAAUGAUGACAUGUUUUUGAUAAAAAGCAUGAAGGGCAAGACGUCUAAAAUCUAUAGAAGAGAUGUUAAAAUAUUACAUUUGGCCAAAUAUGAACAUUGGAAGUUUAAAGUAAAUGUUUUUAAAAAUAAUUUAGAAAUAUGUGAAUCAAAAAGUAAUGAAGACAAUGACAGUGAUUCCGGUAUCACUCAUGUUGGUACAAAUACAGAUGAAACACAUUUUAAGAUAAGUGAUGGAAUUGAUACUUCAGAAGUUGUCCAAGAUGUGAAUAAUAAAAAUACUGAACAAUAUGAUGACAUAUUAAGUAAUGAAACAGAUUCAAUUUCUUCAGAAUAUGAUAAUGAUUUAGACGAAAGUAUAGAAAUUGAGAGUGAAGAUGAAUUAGAUCUGGAUGAUAUUUUAGUUCAAAAACCAUUAACAAUUGAUAGCACUGAUAACAUUAUACCUAAAAAUGCAGUUAAUGACAUUUUAUCUAUGAAGAGUGAUCAGAUUUUAAAUUCUGAUCCUGUUAAUUCUGGAAAUAAUUACAAAUCUAAAACUAUAAACCAACAAAAUACCCAUACAUUAACUAAUGAUCAGCAAUCAGAAAACGAUUCUUCAUUAGAAUGUUCUUCAGGCUCUUGUGUUAAAGAAAUAAAUGAAAACAUUGUUGCUGAAAAUUCAAGAAGUAAUAUUUCUCCAGAAAGUACAGUCGAUUCUAUUCAACAAAUAAUUGAUUAUGUACAAAUAACAAAGCAAUCACACAAUUUAGAUACAGAUAAUUCAAUAAAAGAAUCAACCAAUGAUAUUCCACCAAAAAAUAUUAAUUUAGAAGUAAACUUACAAGAUGACAAUAAUGAUAAUAGUACUGAAGAAUUUAUUUUGAAUAGUCAACAAAAAACUGAAAACGAAAAUGUUAUUCAAGAAUCAUCACAUUUAGAUAAGACAGAUAAUUCGAUAAAAACAUCAGCAAAUAUAGUAUCACAAAUCUCUAAUAUAGAUGUUAAUUUACCAGAUAAUAUUGAUGGCACUGAAGUGUUUAAUAUGAACAGUUCUCAUCAAGAAAGUAAACCUAUACAUACUACUCAACAAUUACCGAAUGAAGAGGAUAAAACAGAUGUCUCAAUAAAAGAAUCAGUUGAUAGUAAUAUAGUGCUACAAGACUCCAACAUAGUAGUUGGUUUAAAAGAAAUUAGUAAUGGUACUAAAGAGUUGAAUAUGGACAGUUCUUAUCAACCAAAAAGUGAAGAAGAACAAACUACUCAACCGUUGCCAAGUGUAGACACAAAAACAAAUGUUUUAAUAAAUGAGUCGGUUAGUAAUAUAGGGUUACAAAACUCCAAUACAGUUGAAAUUAAUAAUGAUAGUACAGAACAGUUUCAUAAAUCCCAGCACGAAUAUACAAAUAGUGAUUCUUUACCAGCUACCACUGAAUCAGACAAACAACAGGUUAAAUCUAAUAAUUAUAUACAAUCACCAUCAUUAGAAAAAAAAAAUGUAGAAAUAAAUAAUGAAAAUAUUAUUUCAAAUAAUAAUAUUAUAUCUAUUAGGGAGAACUUUAAAGAUGAAAUUACCAACGAGCCAGUUGUUAGUGAAACUAUAAUUGAUAUACCCGUUUUAUCAAAUGAUUACAAAGAACCUGAACCUCAUAACAUGCUCAAGGAUAAUUUACCUAAUGUUGAAUCUAAUAUAUCAAAUAAUGAUUCAACUGAUGGUAAUAUAACAAAUUCAUCCUCACUGCAGGAAUUAAUUAAUGCGACAGAAAUUGUUCCUCCUAAUGAUUACCAUACAACAGUUGUUAAUGAACUUGAUGUAACAGAAAUAUUAAAUAAAAAGUCAAUUGAUCAGUGUACAUCAGCUGGGUGUAUGCAAUCAAUAGACAGUACCCCAAAGUAUGGUUAUGAAAGUAAUCAACAUCAAUAUAAACCUGAAAACAAGGAAUUACCUUCUGAACAUAUUCAUAAAACUAUGGAAUUUAAUAAUAAUGAACAGUUAAAAGAAUUUGUACCUAAGAGUUUUGUUGCAUCUUUUGGUCAUCCGGAGACUUGCAGUGGAGUUAGCUGUCUUAAUUUUAAGCGAAAUGUAGAUAAAGCAGUUAAGUCUCCACAACCUUUAGAUCCAAUUCCUAAACAAACUAAUGAAAUUUUACACUCAACUAAUAUUGACUAUGAAAAAGAAAAGGAAAAAGAAAAUAUAAUUAAUGAAAUAAACGAGCAAUCUGAAGUGGAAUUAAGUUUCUUAGAUUAUCUUCAAAAUUGGUUAUCGUCUCCAACUAUGAUUUCAAUUGAUUUUGUUCGGAAUAUUUUUGGUGAUAAUACUAAUGAAUACAAUGAUAUAUAUCCUGAUGCUGUUGAAAACCAAAAAAUUAUAGAACAUAAUAAGAGUAUCAAGCAUUCAGAAUUGUAUUUCAUUGUUGUGGCUGUAGUUACAUUACUGUUUUCACUAAUUUAUUAUAAAUAUCAAAAUGGAUCAUAUGAAAAUCAUUUGUUAACAUUACUAGCAGCUAAAGAUCAAAAUUUGCUAAUUAUUGAAAAAGAACUGUUAUUAUCAAAACAACUAAACUCUGGAAAUACACAAUCUACAACAGAAAGAAAUUCUGAAAUUGAAUCUUUAAAUGAUCAUUUGACGAAAUCAGAGGAUAUUAUAUCAUCUCAAGCCAUACGAAUUGAAAAUCUUGAACAAGAAAUUGUAGAAUUAACUGAAAACGGUAUGGAAAUGCAUACACUAUUAAAUGCUGCAUUAGAGUCUAGUACAAAAAAUAAAGAACAAUUAAAUACUUUGAAAGUAAAAUUGGCUGAUUCAGAAAAUUUGAUAGCAGCUCUUACACAAAAAAAUUUUGAAAAAUCUUCAGAGUUAGAAAAAAGGAUUGACACUGGAAAAUCUCUUUUAAUUACUGUAGAAGAGUUAACUAAAAAAAGUAAUAGUUUGGCUGAUGAAAACACUAAAUUAUCUUUACAAUUAGAAGAAGUUAUUAAUAAAAAUAAGGUAAAAGAAUCGAAACUACUUUCUGAAAUAGAUAGUUUACAAUUUGAACUGGACAAGCAGACUUCUGCUUUAGUGACAGCAGAAAAUGAAGUUUCUUUGUCUAAGGAAGCUUUGCAGGAAGUUAUGUCUCAGAAAUUUAAUUCAGCAGAUAGUAAGCAAUUUUUAUCUUCAAUUAAAUUAUCUGCUGAACUCAAAUCAGCAAAACAAAUAUCUGAAGGAUAUAAGCAUAAAUUGAAUGAUGCUUUAAAAUCAAAUCAAAAAUUCCUAGAUAAUAUUGAGAUUUUAAAAAGUGAUAUUGCGGAUUUAGAAAAUAACUGUUCAAAAUUAGAAACAAUGAAUGAAGAAUCUGUGAACAAAUUGAAUAUUCUAACAAAGUUUUUUAAAGAACAAGAACAGGAGUAUCUUAAGCAAAUUAAUGAGAAAGCAAUGUUGUGUGACAAUAAAGAAGGGGAAUCUAGCGAUCUUAAUGAGCGUAUUAAAUCUCUAAACCAAGAAAUUUUCAAUUAUAAAUCAGAAAUUCAAUCAUUGAAAAAAGAAAUAACAGAUCAAGAAACUAGUUUCAAAAUUCAAUUAUCUGCGGCAGAUAAAAAAGCUAGUGACUAUUGGAUAUCAUUCAGACAAGCUGAGAGGAAACUUAAGGAAAUGGAACUUGAAACUGCUCAACUAAGAAAUAAGUUGACUAUGGUUGAUAAAAAACUUGAAAAUGGUGCAAAAAGCAUAGAUUCCUCCAAAGACUUUGAAGAUGAACUUUUAGACAUACCAUUGCCAACUGUGUCUCCUGAUUUCACAUUACUCUCAUUACUUGAUUUUGAGCCACCUCCUCCAAUUUUGACUAACCAACGGUUACCUCCACUUGGUGCUUUGGGUCGAGCUCCAAGUCCACCAGCUCCUUUAGCAAGGAGGCACAAUCGAUCGCUAUCACCUGGUUCUCCGCCACCUAUACAAAGGUCUUCCGCAUUUCGGCCAUUGACUCAAAGAUAUAACUAUAUGAAUCGUGAAAAUUCAUUGGGUCAUUCGGUUGAAUCACUUGACAAAUAAUUAAAUUUUGCACACAUUGUUACUAUUAUUUACUGAAAUUAUUUUCAGAAUUAUAGUUAUUGUUAAGAUUAUUGAUGUAUAUCAUUUAAUUUAAAUAUUUUAAUUUUUUACAAAUUCUUUUUAGUUUUUUUUGGUUUUUUGCUUACACAUUUCUAACAAUUUGUUAUAUUUAUUUUUAUUUUCACUUGUAAACUUGUAAGUAAUUUCACUGUGAUUUAAUGCAUUUUUAAACUGUCCAUAUAACUAUAACAAAAUGUGUGUAAAAAUAAUAUUUAUUUAAACCAUAUUAUUAGAAAAUAAAUAGUUAAAAGGUGGAUCCUUAUUGAAGAAUAUCUGUACUUUAAACCAGCUGAUCAUAAUUCAACCACCAUAUAAAUAAUACAGUAGAAUUAUGUCAAUUUAUUACAAUUCUCUAUAUUGUUAUUAACAGAAAUUUUCACAUGUAAACACGUCUAAGUGCUUCAUUCAUUUUCAACGUUGACUGAUGAAAAAAGAAAUAUAUUUUUGUAGUAUAAGGAUUAAUAAUAAUGUUAUUUCUAAAUGUAUUAAAUACUUUAUUGCUACUGUAAUAUAUUUUGUAAAAUAUUAAUAGGGAUUUGGAAUAUCAAUAUUGUUUAAAAUAUUUUACAUAAAUUAUAAGUUGUUAUUAGAACUAUAGAAUUAAACCCUAUUUGCCAUUCCAACUCAAUGUAAAAAAAAACUUAUUUAGUUGUAAUAUUUGUUUAACAUAUUUUAUAGUUAUUUUAAGAAUAACACGUUAAUUCAAAACCAUUGUACUACCCAUGUUAACAUCUGGUGAAUUUUGUGGAACACAAUAUUUUAUUUUCAUUAUUAUUAUUAUUAUUAUGUAUUGCUAUUGUUGUUAAUGGUUAUUACUUAUUUCUAUUAAAAAUUACUUUAUGCCAAAAUCAUUAUAGUUUAUUUCUAAAUAAUUUGAUUUUUAAACCAAAUGUAAAU